AUGUCUGUUGCAUAUGAACCCAAUGCGUUGUGGGUGGCUAUUAGUGAAUAUGGGGAGGGAAAUUUGUUUGAGCUCUAUCCGAAAUUGCUUUCACAACUGCUGGUUGAGGAAGAUGCAGCGAGGCAGGAAGGUGAUACCAGUGAGGCGGAGACUCUUGUGCUGCCAAGCGAUAAGGAAUGGAGGCUGCAGCAGUAUUUUCAGCUUGUUGCUAUGCAGAAGGAUUUGGAGUUGGAGAUGGAGGAAGACGGCGAACAGGCGAAAAAACCCACGGAGGAGCGGUCAGAGGAGUGGGCGCCGUGGAACCUGGUGGUCCCGACCAAGAACCCUAAUGCACCGCCGCCUGUCGCCGUCAAAACUGCUCCUGGACCCAUUUGGGAUAUCGCGCAGGUAUAUCUUUAUUAUUGAGACAUCAAAACAAAGUAAGUUUUAGCCUAUGUCACCAGCGUACGAUGUUCCCGUGGGUGAGAGAAUUAUUGAAAUCUCUCCAGUAGUUUCGGAACCUAUUCAGUGCAAAUAAAUGAGAAAAUAUUUGAUGUAGCCCAAUAUUUAUUGUAACCAUUGUUUUGUAUGUCAGAUAAAUCUAUAUUGAAUCAAGCCAUAGACGACAUCGAUUUCUUUAGCGAUUUCCCCGAGAUUGCAAAUCACCGGCAUUUAAUCUGGCUAUUUCUGAUGGAGCUGGCGAGGCGCCGAUGGGUCGCAAGGCCCAGAAACGAAAUCGAGCGCGCAGUAGCCCUACUGAACGAAGCUGGAUCCCCUUUCAAGGAAUUAGAGAAUAUUGUGUGGGAACAACGUGUACACUUGGCCGCAGCAAUUGCUAGAAUCCGCAUAAAAAAUAAAGCUUUCUCAUUAUCGGACCUCCUGCCGCCUCAUCUACGCGAGGAGCGCAUUUCAGCUUGUGUUAACAAAGAAAGCGUCACUGGCUGGGUGAACAGUUUUAAAGAAAAGAAAGUGGCGUUAUUGGUGAAGAGGCUACAGGAGCUUGGCUUCUCGUAUAGUAAUUCUCGUCAGUUAUGCGCAGGAGAAUACAGAUUCGACCGUGUGUGCCCCAGGUUUAUUACGUUGCGACCACCACGUAACGUUGGCAUAGGUCAACUGGACCUCGUAAAGAAUGGCGUUAUCGUACUACAGGAGCGAGAGUUUUGCGAGGGUGCUUCGACGCUUUGCCGAGCUCUCCGCGCGAAUUCUCUCCAAGGAGUGGUAGCUCAGACUCACGCGUCAUCGCCUCGCUGCUCCGCGUACCUGGCCGCGCAGCUCCGCGAGCUGGCGGCAGUCUUCAAGGCCAAGGCGCCCCCUGCACCUGCCACCCCUCAGUUGGGGAAGUUGGUGGUCUUCGGCGCUGGAGAUAAGGUAGCAAGCUACGUGUGUGCUCUCCGAGAUCUAGGAAUCGAGGCGUCCGACUUACCCCAUUCUGGCGCCACAGUCUGCGUUUUGAGUGAACCGGUGUAUUGCGAUGCUCCAAUUGUAAAUAACGCACUGAAUGGAGUUGUCGCAGUGCUUGCUACACCGCCAAAUUCUUAUUCCGCAGUUACAGAUCCCAUAGACUUGAUACUGACCGAAUCUGAUAUCGAUAAUAAAGGAAAAGCUAGAGUGCAAUCAAUACUCGAGGAGCAAAAGCGGACAUUAAAAACUUUACUAUCAAAACCGCAGAUUCAGCUAAUCCUGUACGAGACGCACUCGGCUUUGGAAGCUGAGAAUCAAGCGCAGGUAACGCGAGCUGUCGCUGAAGCCAAUCGGCUGGCGAGAGAAAAACAUGCCUUGACUAAGAAGAAAUAUAGGGAUCAUCAUCACAGUCCCAAGAAAGAAGUUACCGAUGUAAUCGGUACAGAAUCAACCGAUUCCUUGGACAAUGCAUUGAAUAGAUCCGAUAACACAGAGAAAGAUGAAGAAGAAAUAUCAGUAGCCAAUUCGUCGCCGAAAAGUCGACCGUCACCUCCCCCUACUGCGAGGACGAGACCUCGUAGCGGCGAAACGGUGUUGAAGAAACAACAUAGCGUAGUCGUCAGUUCUAGACCUGGAACUACACCUGCAAGGCCUAUCCCAGAAAUGCCAGAAGGAAACCAACAGGUCCCGAGAGACCCUGACAAAGAUAGCCCGGGUAUUAUUGUACGUGACUCGUUGACACAUUUGGAGAACUACUUAUCCGCUCUUUCCACGCAAAGGGAGAUCACCCGGCUAGACGCGAAGUAUAUGAUCCGUGUGGCGGAGGAGCGCGGUCUGUUCGGGCAGGGCAGUGGGGCACCCGCGCAGCCGCGCCGUCGCCGCACGCCCGCCGCACACUCAGCGCCCAAGCGUCGCGGGAAGAAACAUGUGUUUGAGGUGGAGCGCGUGGCCGCGCCCACGUACGCGUCCAUGUGCCGGUCGUCCCGCCGCGGCAGCGCGCCUGCGUGGCUGGAGAGCGAGCACGCGUCGCCGCACCGCGUGUGCAGCCGCCACGCGCGCCGUCAGGCUGCCGCCGCCGCACUAUCCGCCGCCGCGUGCUCUUGCGACGCUCAUCACAGACGUCAGCAGCGCCGUGCAUCAGCGGACGCGGGCGCAUGUCCGCGGCCCCCCUCCCCUCCUCCCUGCCGACGUCCCUUCCCCCUCGUCGUCCACGAACUACGUUUAAAAUCAAUCGUCCCUAGUCCGAGCAAGAUAUACGCUUUAGCUAAUUACUGA